AUGUUUUCCAGAUUUCUUCUCAGACCAGGCCCAAUUACGUCAAGUUUUGUUUCCAAGGCCGCGCCUAGGAUCAGGCUCAUGUCCAGCCAGCUGGGCAGACCAAUGGCCAGGCCGCUGGCGCCCAAACUGGGUGUCUCGCUAGGCGUGCUCGGUAUCUCUAGCUACUGGCUCUAUCACAACCAAAUCAGGAACGAGGUGGCAUUUGGCGACCAAAAACGGCUCCAGCUCGAAACCACCGCCCAGAACAUCGCCCAGAAACCCCAAUACGACAAGUCUUUCGAGGGAAAACUUGACUACCAGGAGCUGUCUAUUGGAUCCAUGUGUGGGCUAGUCUGCGGCAUGGUGGUGGGCAAGCUGAGCUCCAUAUUUGUGUUUCUAUCACUCAGUUUCUAUCUUGGCGUCCAGUUCCUCAAUUCGAGAGGAAUCGUCUCCAUUCCUUGGACUCGCUACAUUAAAAUGGGCUCCCAUUUAAUCGACGUCAGGCAGAUGAUUUUCGAAAAGCCAAGCUUCAACAUCACUUUCAUCCUCACAUUCCUGCUAGCAGCCUACUAUAUCUGA